AUAUAUAUAUGUAUUACAUUUAUUUUAAUAAGAAAUAUUAAAAUAAAUGCAAUAUAUAUGUAUUGCAUUUAUUUUAAUAAGAAAUAUUCUAGAAUAAUGGAGCAAGAUAACUUGUCAUUGGUUUUAUAUGGACCUGAUAAUAUGAAGCUUGAACAAAGACCUGUGCCAAAGCCUGGGAAGAAUGAAGUACUUCUUGCAAUGCAAUGUGUCGGGAUCUGUGGAUCAGAUGUACACUAUCUUAAGCAUGGCAGAAUUGGAGAUUUUGUGGUCACCAAACCAAUGGUACUUGGUCAUGAAGGAAGUGGAGUUGUUACACAAGUUGGAGAAGGAGUCACUCAUUUAAAAGUUGGUGACCGAGUGGCUAUAGAACCUGGCAUUCCUUGUCGAAAUUGUGAAUUUUGCAAAUCUGGAAAAUAUAAUUUAUGUAGUGAUAUCUUUUUCUGUGCAACUCCACCUGAUGAUGGAAAUUUAUGUCGAUUUUAUACUCAUGCAGCAGACUUUUGUUAUAAACUUCCAGAUCAUGUAACAUUAGAAGAAGGGGCAUUAUUGGAACCACUUUCAGUUGGUGUUCAUUCCUGUAGAAGAGCUGGUGUGGCUGUCGGUGAUAAAGUUUUAAUAUUGGGAGCUGGUCCUAUUGGUCUAGUAACUCUAUUAGUUGCAAAGGCUGCUGGAGCAAGUCAAAUAGCUAUUACAGAUAUAGAUGAAGGACGUUUAGAAAUGGCGAAAAAAUUUGGUGUUGAUAAAGCAUUUAAGGUAACUUCACGAGAUGGAAAAGAGGUUGCAAACAUGAUUAUAAAUGAGUUUGGCCAAGCCAAUAAAACCAUAGAAUGUACUGGUGUAGAAUCAAGUAUACAAACAGGAAUUUUUUGCACUAAAUCUGCUGGUGUUCUUGUUGUUGUUGGCAUGGGUAAAGCAGAAGUGACUCUUCCCAUUGUCAAUGCUUUAGUUAGAGAAGUUGACGUAAGAGGAAUAUUUCGCUAUGCCAAUUGUUAUCCUGCCGCUUUGGAAUUAGUAUCUUCUGGAAAAGUCGAUGUAAAACCUCUUAUUACACACCGAUUUACUUUGGAACAAUCUGCUGAUGCUUUUGCUAUGUCUGCAUCUCAAAGUGAUGGCGCAAUAAAAGUGAUGAUUUCGUGCCAUCAAUAAUUCAUGAACGUUUUCAAAUUAAAUUUAUUUAUUUUCUAACACAUUUAGAAUUCUAAAUGCGUUAUAAACAAUUAAACUUUGUUGCUUAGGGACUUUCUUUGUGAGUAUUGUUUGUGAGUUGUUGUAACACGUUUAUUUGAAUAAGGUUUGUCUGACGUUCAA